ACCCUAAAACGUGCUGAAACCGGGUGCGCUCUUGAGGUGAGGCAAGAAACGAGUCGUGAGACAAGCGGAUCUUUCCCAGGGUUUACCACCUCAUCUAAGACGUGUUCCCCAUUUUAUCGGUAUGGGUGACCGUUCCUUCAUGAAAGAUCUUUGAGUUAGGCUUUUGACUGUUGGCGUUGUGAAAUCGCCCGCGACGUUUGCUUGAAAAGAGCUGGGAGUUCCGAAUUCGGCAAGUAAAAUCCCGAGUCCUGCAAGAAUGAUGGAGAGUAUAGGUAAUGAGACACUCACUCAGAAGACAUGUGUUUGUGAAACUAAGACAGAUUGACUGCAAGAUACUUUGUUGAACGGCAAAUGGGUCGAUUCAGUACUCGACAAUGGAUAUCUUCCGCAUACUGUCAUUCGUAUGGGUAUCCGGCGUCUCCUCGCCCAGCGACUGCGUGAAAUAGCCAGUACGUCUGUCGAGGAGGCAUAUGCCGCCAAGAUGAAGUAUGUUAAUUUGUUGCGCACUCGACCUAUUGCGGUGGAAACCAAGAAAGCGAAUGAGCAGCAUUAUGAGGUUGGAACCGGUGUGCUCUUGGGCAUGCUAGGGCCAAGGAUGAAGUACUCAUCUUGUUUGUAUCCAACUGGUAGGGAGACCUUAGCUGAGGCUGAAGAUAAGAUGCUUGAGCUGUACGUGGAAAGAGCCAAGCUACGGGACGGAAUGAAGAUUCUUGAUCUCGGAUGCGGCUGGGGUUCUGCGGCCAUUUAUCUUGCCGAGAGAUUCCCAAACUCCGAAAUAACAGCCUUCUCCAAUUCGCGGACACAAAAGCAACAUAUAGACUCCGUUGCCGCUUCGAAAGGCCUGAGUAACCUAAAUGUCAUAACUGGAGACAUCGUGGAUCACGAAUUCAACCCCAAUACUUAUGAUCGCGUUAUCUCCAUCGAGCUGUUCGAGCAUAUGAAGAACUACGAGUUGUUGAUGGCCAAAAUAUCUCGGGCAUUGAAACCAGGCGGCCUUCUAUUUGUGCAUAUAUUCUGUAAUGUCAGCACACCGUACGAUUUUGACGGCGGAUGGAUGACGGAGCACUUCUUCACCGGGGGAACGAUGCCAAGUGCUGAUCUUUUGUUAUUCUUUCAAGGGGAUCUUGUGUGUAGAGAGCAGUGGUGGGUGAAUGGGAAAAAUUAUGCAAGGACGUGUGAGGAUUGGCUUAAACUUAUGGGCAAAAACAAGAAAGCAAUCUGGCCACAUCUGGAGGAAACGUACGGGAAGGACAAGACAAGCAUAUGGUUUUACCGGUGGGAGAUCUUCUACAUGGCGUGCGCAGAACUGUUCGCUUACGAUGGGGGAGAUACCUGGGGGGUGUCACAUUAUUUGUUCGAGAAACCAGCCAAGACGGAUAGUUGAUGAAUAUUGCAGUGCCAAUUCCUGCGUAGUCGCAGCAGAUAGAUUGUAGGUAUCUUAUGUACAUGGGUUUCUGCCUAGCAUCUGCAGCGGAAAGUUAUAAUUCCAGAGUGUAACGCCGUA